AUGCCGCCUGCCGAAGAAAUGCCUGACUUGCCUGAACCUGAAAUUGCAGGUCAAGCAGAGCCAAAUUCAGUGUUGAUGCAGCCAGAUCAGAACAUGUCAUUGGAACCUGAUGAUACAUCACAACAAGAAUCUGUAGAGCCUCCCAACAGUGACCAGUCCAUGCCGGACUUCAAUGCUCCAGUGGAAGUUCCAGUGCCGCCUGAUGAUGAGCUGCAGGUAACAUCCAAUCGUCCCAAGCCAAGGGCCGAGCAUGUGUUCGAGAUGAGACGCACAGUCUGCUGGAUCAUCGACUGGCAGAGCAAAAAGCUUCGCAGAGUGGUUCGCUCUUCAGUUGCAGCCGAAACAUUGGCCGGUCAGAACGGAUUAGAUAGCAUAGAAGCCUUCCAAGCCAUGUUAGCAGAAGUUCUAGAUGGAUUGACGCCAAGACAGUUCCGUGAAAUUGUUCCCACCAAUCCUGCUGCUUUGGUCAUUGACAGUAAGGGUUUCUUUGAUGCCAUCACUCGCAGUUGCUGUAGCCAAGCUGUAUCUGUUGAGAAAAGACUUCAAAUCGACUAUGCGAUUGCAAAGGAGACCACUGUGAAUCAAAACAUCAUAGUGUUCUGGGUAAACAACCUACGCAUGAGCUCAGAUUGCCUAACGAAGCUGAAAGGUGACACCAAACCCUUGUAUGAAAUUCUUGAUGAAGGCGUCGAAGGAGUGGACUGUGAGAAGUUGUCCACUGCUGAGAUCAGCCAUCUCAGUGGAUUGCUUCACCGUGCCGUUGUCCAUGGACAAGCCCAGCAGGUGAUCAAUGUUUACAAGGAUUCCCUCGCCUUGAAAUCUACUAUGGUGCCAGCAAGCCAUUUGAUUCGCGAAGCCGAGCUGAUGGGUAAGUCUGAGACCAUGGGAUAUUCCCCCAAGGCAGCCAGCCUUGCGUUGGGAAGCAUGUCUGAUGCAUCCAAGCGUCAGCGCGAUCGAGAAUCUGACUGGGAAGCAUUGAGCUAUACCGGGAUGUCUGAGAUCGAGCCUACAUUGCCACAUGAUGCUUAUCAAGCAGGUGAUGUGCAGCGCAAAGAGUGGUUUAUUAUCCACUCCAAUCCAAAGAUCGAGACCCCGAAGGGUUUGAGCAUCCAGGACUGGGGACGCGUUGUCUGUGAGAUGGACAAGGUGAAAUCCCUCAAGAUGAGCUACUGUGAGCUUGCAAAGCUGGCCUCCACCAAUGAUGAGAUUGCCGGAUAUCUACGAUGGAUCAAAAAGACCUAUGGCACCAAUGACACUGGAAUUCUGCAAGGGAAGAAAGUGACGCGUGCUGUGGAUUUGGCUUUGUUUUUAGAAGCCACCGGAUGGGAGCCUAGUUGCAAUGAGGAGCACCCCAACGAUAGCCUUGCGGGUCCUGAAGCCUAUCGCAGAGGGGUCAAGGAUGGUUACAAGAGUGGCUUCAAGCAGGCGGGUCACAAGUACACUUGGCUCCUCUGGCUCCGGGACUUGAUAGUCGAGUUCUUCAUAAUCAUCGCCAUAGUCUUGACGAUUGGCCUCAUGAUUGGUCAUUGGAAAGCCGAUCGCACCGAGACCUUCGCAGCAAGCAGCAACAAAGCAAAGUUGGUGCGGCGCAGGACCAUGAUGGGAUUGGAGCACAUUGGCAUCUUAAAGGGUGAAGAGUACCACGCACGGCGCAAGGACGGACAGAUACGGACAGCACAGCAGGGCGAGGUGGCACAGGGCGAAAAAGGGAAAGCUGUGUGGUUGUUGGGCGUGAUUUCGUCCGAGUAUCCAAAAGUAACAGUCCCAAAUCUGCUGGUAU